AUAUGAAUAAAAUAAAGGGUGACUCGAGACUUUUGCACAGUAUUAUAGAAAAAAAAAUGAAGAUUACAACCCAUCCAUAACCUCUGGUGUUUUAGCUUUCAGGGUAAUGGUUAAAUAAUGUACAGGAAAUGUGCUGAUUGCUUAUUUUUGUUUGAGAUGUGUUUUAACUGAAAACAUUUUUUCCUCUAUUAAAAUGAAACGUUUGGUUUCAAUUGGCAGUCCUUAAGAAAGCUUACAAAAGCUCUGAUGAAGGCCAUCAGAGGUGGCCUUCCUGAGAUGGAAUUUCAUGGAACACUCAUGGGAUGGAAUUCUAGUCAUUCUUAUGACAGCUAUUGCACAGUUACAAUGCAGGUUUAAAUGUUGCAACUGAAACUUAUUCUUCACUUCAGCAACAAGCAGAUACGCACACAGCUGAACUAGGAUCCUUUCAUAGAGCAGGUUCUUAAAAAAAAAAAAGGUGAGUUUAGGGGAACUGCUUUAUAAUUACACUUAACUUCGAUGCUGUAACAUUGAUAGCUGAUGGUAGAUAUUUAAAGUGAGAUUUUUGAGCUAGGAAAUGUACUGUUUAACUUGAAUAACUUAUUUCUUUGUGGUAUCUUUAAAUCUCAGAUGAUGGGACAAGGAGAUAGGGGCCAUGCUCAGCCUAAUGAGGAGCAACCACAUGAAACGGCUGAAGAUGGUGACGGGGUAGAGAGGUACAACUUCAUUGAAAGUCCUGUGUAUCUGUUUAUAGCCAUUAUACCACGUUCAGCUGCAAGACCGCUGCAGCUUCACAACAACAACAAUGAUGAUCACAUCGAUCUGGAAUUUUUCUUCAACGUUCAUUUUGAAAUUGAUGACAACAACGCUGAUGCUGAAAAUGACCACAAUAACAGCGAUAUUGAACAUGACCACAAUUAUGGUGAUAAUCAAAAUGCUGACAGCAGCAACAAUGAAGAAGAACGCAAUGAAGGUCAUCAAGAUGAAAAUGCCCUUGCUGCUGCUGAACUGACUAUGAAGCCAACCCGGAUGCAGGAGAAGCAGAGGAGGAUCUGCUUCCUAGAGGAUUUAGGAGACGGUUUAGAGAGGAAGACAGUGAAGAUGUGA